GCCGGGCAUUGAGAUCAGUCAGUGAUAAACUAUCUGUUCAAAAACACUUUUUCCUUCAUAACGUACAGUUAUUUUACAUGCAAGUUCAUUUUUCCUGUGAGUGAAAAGUGCAAGUGCAUCUAAGAUAACUAAAGGAACUUCUGGAGUUUUCUCUUCCUUCGUUACUUUUUUAAAAACGGUGAAAAGAUGUCACUGGAUCGGAGAAAAUUUUUGAGGACUAUUUGGGUACCUGUCAAUCACACUACUUGAAGAAAUGUUCUUCAGUAUCCUACAAAGGACUCACAAUCCAGUGGUUUGUUACAAGAUAAGAAUGAAUGUUCGUCCACCCGACUGAAGUGGAUGGAGGUAGUUUGAAGAUUUCAGUGCAUCUAGUCAAUAUAAUUUAAGAAUUCAUAAUGGUGUUCGAGACUGUGAUGAUAACAACAGCGCUGAAGACGAUAAGUAUCGUUGGAAGCGCAUUAUGGAUUAUUCCUCUUCUUAUUGCAAGUGUGAAUUAUCUCAAUUACAACAAAUUAGACCCAGAAGCUCUGGUAAUCAAUAGAAAAACACUCUUCAGGGAAUAUGACUUUGUCAUAGUCGGUGGGGGCAGCGCUGGCGCAGUGGUAGCGUCUCGCCUUUCCGAAAUCCCCAACUGGAGUGUUCUCCUUCUGGAAGCAGGCCCGGACGAGAACGAAAUCAGUGACGUACCAUCUUUGGCGGCAUACCUUCAGCUCUCCAAGCUGGACUGGGCUUACAAGACAAUGAACACGGGCAGAGCCUGUCUUGGCAUGAAAAACGGCCAGUGCAACUGGCCCAGAGGAAAGGUUCUCGGAGGAAGUAGCGUCCUCAAUUACAUGCUAUACGUUAGAGGAAAUAGAAAAGACUAUGAUCAUUGGGAAAGUCUCGGUAACCCUGGAUGGAAUUACGAAAACGUUCUCAAGUACUUCAUCAAAUCAGAGGACAACAGAAACCCGUACCUGGCCAAAACCCCCUACCACGGCACUGGAGGACUAUUGACUGUUCAAGAAUCACCUUGGAGAACUCCCCUUGUGGUAGCCUUCGUUCAAGCUGGCACAGAAAUGGGCUAUCAGAACAGGGACAUUAACGGAGCUGAACAAGCAGGUUUCAUGAUAGCCCAAGGAACUAUCAGAAGAGGAUCCAGAUGUUCAACAGCCAAGGCCUUCUUACGUCCUAUCAGACUUCGUAAAAACAUCCACGUAGCUUUAGAUUCUCACGUCACAAAGAUCCUCAUCAAUCCGACCACCAUGAGGGCCUUUGGGGUUGAAUUCAUACGUCACGGUCGGAGACAGAUAGUCUUAGCCAGAAAAGAAGUAAUACUUUCAGCUGGUGCCAUAAACUCCCCACAGAUCUUGAUGUUGAGCGGUAUAGGACCAAAGGACCACCUGAGUAGGUUCAAUAUACCAACCCUCAAGGAUCUUCCUGUAGGGGAAAACCUCCAAGACCACGUCGGUAUGGGCGGAUUGACUUUUUUGAUCGACAAACCGGUGUCAAUAGUGCAAGACAGAUUCCAAGCGUUUCCCAUGACGAUGCAGUAUGUGGUCAAUGAAAAAGGACCGAUGACGACCUUGGGGGGUGUUGAAGGACUCGCUUUCGUGAAUACCUACCUUGCUAACAGAACGUGGCCGGAUAUACAGUUCCAUAUGGCACCAGCCAGUAUCAACUCAGAUGCUGGAGCAAGGGUCAGGAAAGUCCUUGGCUUGACUGACCAUUUGUACAACACUGUUUACAAACCAAUAGCCAACAAGGACGUUUGGACCUUGAUGCCACUCCUUCUGCGACCAAGGUCACGAGGUUGGGUCAGACUUCAGAGUAAAAACCCUUUUGAAGCGCCUCUCAUAAAUGCGAAUUAUUUCGAUGACCCCUUCGAUAUAAAAACCCUAGUGGAAGGUGCUAAAAUCGCUAUCAAGAUAAGCGAAUCUCAGGCUUUCAAGCAGUUCGGGUCACGUAUACACAGGGUGGCCUUUCCAAACUGUAAAAAUUUUGAAUUCGGUAGUGAUAAGUACUGGGAAUGCCAUAUCAGAACCAUCUCGAUGACCAUCUACCAUCCGGUUGGAACUUGCAAAAUGGGUCCGUCUUGGGAUAGGGAAGCGGUGGUGGACCCUAGGUUGAGAGUGUACGGGGUGAGCGGUUUGAGGGUUAUAGACGCCAGUAUAAUGCCGACUAUACCGAGUGGAAACACGAACGCACCAGCUAUCAUGGUGGGCGAGAAAGGAGCUGAUUUGAUCAAGGAGGAUUGGCUGACGGAAAAAUCGUGACCAUUUAUGUUUGAGAGCUCAAUGUAUGUGCCAUUCGAAAGUAAACCACGGAAUGUACCGAAAUAUCUCGGUUACGGUGAUUAAAAUAUAUCUUUUAAUACUCUUCUCACAUACCGGAUGUUUCCAAAUACGAUGCUUU